AUAAUAUUAACAGUAAUAGAAGUGGUAUCGUCACCAACAGUACACGCUGAGUCCAUGGAUAUACAAGGAUUCGAUCCAGAGAAGUAUCUUGAUGAGUUGUUGGCGAUGACAUGUGUGGAACCUAAUGUCUUUAGAGGAAAUAAACUACAUGUCCAUUCCUAUUUUAAAUUUGCUUUUGGAGGGCAUCUCAUGCUGCAGGCAAUCAGUGCUGCUAUUUCUACUGUACCCAAAGAAUAUUAUGUAAACAGUAUGCACAACUAUUUUCUUUCUCCUGGAUCUGAGGAUCCUGUUACGUAUCAUGUGGAUCUCAUGCAUGAUGGUAAAACAUUUAUCAACCGAUUUGUAAAGGCCACCCAAAAUGGAAAGACCCUCCUCAACAUGCAGCUUUCAUUCAAACGGAAAGAACUCGACUCAAUUCAACACCAGUGGAAAAUGCCCGAGUGCCCUCUUCCAGAAGAUCUUACUUCAGCAAAAGAACAUUUUGAUUCAAAAUUGAGUCAAGUGAGUGACAAACGUUUGAAACAGCUGUUAAAUUAUCGUCGUCCUUUAGACUCUUACAUUGAUUUCCGACCUGUUGAUCCCGAAACAUUGUUCAGAGUAAAGCCUUUACCACCAAAGCGAUUGUUAUGGUUGAAAUAUGUUGGAGAAGUUCAGAAAAACCAAAACCACCAUCGCUGCAUUUUGACAUAUUUUUCUGAUAACAUUGUUGAAACAUCACUUCUCCCAAAUACUGCACCUAAAGAUAAAUUAUUCAUCACCUCAUUAGAUCAUUCGGUUUGGUUCCAUAAUGAUGUUGAUAUGAAUGAAUGGGUGUUAUAUGAAACAGAAAGCUCAUAUGCAGGUGAUGGAACAGGCUUUAAUACAGGACGUUUCUGGGCACAAAAUGGUACUUUACUUGCUUCUGUCUCUCAGCAAAGUGUCAUUAGAGCAAUGCUUUAAACCAUGUUCUGAUAACAUUUCUGUGAUAUCGACACUUUUACUUGUCUGUUAUCGUUUUGUUUUUACUUCAUUAAAUUAUUUACGAUCAA